GGUUGUCACUCACCCUCCCUGGCGCCAGCCAAUCCGCGCUCCGGAGAGGCGGGCCGCUGGGCACUUGCGGGGAACAGCUGCUUCUGCUACGCGGAGGGAAGUGAUGCGUCCGAGGAGUGUGGAUGCGGGGAGAGAGAGGAAGGCGCAGGGGGGUCCCUUGGAAGAAAAGGGGGGGCUGCGCUGAGCGGGGAGGAGCAGCGAGCCCCUUGCAUUAAAAACGGAGCGGGAGCGAGCUUUUGCUUUUUUUGAAGACUGGAGGAGCGGGCGGGAGGGGGGGUGGAAGAGGUGCCUCUGCAAAGCCUCCCCCUCUUGCGGCGCAUCUGAGGCCUGAAAAGUGAGGUUGGGGGGGGGGGAGCCAGUUGCAUGGAGGGGGGCUGCGGGGCGAAGUUACUCGCUUGCACCGCCCGCUUCUGGAUGUAGAGAUUUGCAGAGGCUGGAAAGGAGAGGGAGCAGAGGGCGCCCUGGCAUGGAGGGGUGGGCUGAGGACAGACAGGGCAUCGUUGGGGGGCGCCCUCUUCCGUUUGCAGACUGCUGCAGGGAGGGGUGGGUAGGUAGGUAGGCGAGGGCGCUGGGCUCUCUGAUUCCUGGAGAUCUCCUUCUGCCUUUGGCUGCUGCCUGCCUCCAGCCUCCAGCCUCCGCUGUGCCAGGGCCUCCUCCACGCUGGAUGCCCUCUGCCGCCUGCACCCAGCUGGAGCCGUGGGCCCCCCAUGCGCCGCCCCCGCUGCCGCCCUCUAUGUUCUACGUGGGCUUGUUCUUCGUCAACCUGCUGAUUCUCUACUACGCCUUCCUGCUGGAGUACAUCGCCCUCAACGUCGGAAUCGUCUUCCUGCCCGAGGACAUGGACCAGGCCCUGGUGGAUCUCGGGGUGGUCUCCGACCCGGCUCUGGGUCUCUACGAGUUGGACAGCGAGGUGGAAGUGCUGGACGGCUACUGGGAAUAACUUGGGGGCCCCUCCCCGAAAGGGCACCGGCUCGAGAAACUGGCACCGGCUGGUAAGAGGAGCGUUGCUGCAUCCACAUGUUGGCACAACUGGACGGACCCUUUGUAGACUGCGAUGGGGGGGCACAGGAGCAGCCAAGCUGGGCAGGUGCCAGGGAUGCCAGGAGCCUCUCUACCCCGCCUGCCCCAGUCGUGGGUUUUCUGCUUGAGCCAGAAAGACUGGGGAGAGGGCCAUGGACUUUUGGGGGGUGCCAUGCUAAAGGAAGGCAAAACGGCGGCACAGCAGGAAGAGGGGGUCGGAGUUGGCACGGACGGACAUGGUCCCUAUGGGGCACUGAAAUUUGCACACGUUUUCUGCACAUGUGAAAAAGAAGCUGGGAGCCCCAGAUUACGGGGCAAGACAGCAGCACGGCCGUGAACUUCCACCUCCACGAGAGGAAACGCUUCCAGAGCAACGUGGGCUCCGAACACCCUGGCUGAGGAUGUCCUCAGUAUUUGCUUGUUUUUUCAGGGAUUUGCCAUGAUUCUGCAGGAAAUUGAUUGUGCACAGCUAUCAGAAUUUGCUUAGAGAUUCCAGAAGGGCUUCCAAGUCACAUGAAACACUGUCGGGUCAUUUUUAACGGUGAACCAAGCUGCCAAUCACACGUCACAAACUUCCGGGGAACGAAGGAGAAGUCGAUGCCGAUAUUUUGAGCUGGGUGGUACUGUCAGGAUAAGAAGCCUGAGUGCAGGUGUGUGGUGGGAGGUGGACUUUGGACCCCCCCCCAAGAUAUUGCUGAACUACAAAUCCCAUCAGCCCCAGCAAGCGCGGCCAAUGCCCAGGGAUGAUGGGAGCUGCAGUGCAGCAAAAUCUGGAGGGCCAAAGAUUUUCCCCACGCCUGCUAAAGUGGUUGAUGGAGCAGGAUGGGGCAUGGCUUUAGGUGGGUGGAGGAGACUUACAACCAUCCAGAUGUUGCUGAACUACAACUCCCACCACCCCAUGCUUGCUUGGGGCUGACGGGAGUUGGCAUUGAACCACAUCUGGAAGGCUCCCAAUACCUGUUUUUUUGUUUUUUUUAAGGGGUGCUGGAAAAACCGCCAUGAGAUCUCAAGAAAGCACUGGCACAUAAUUAUUGCACCGUCUGCACACAGUUAAGAGGGUUGGUUUUGGCAGUUCCCACAACCUUGCAUGCGGCCCUGGGCCCAGUUUGCACAGCCCGGUCUCACGAGGGUAGCCACCUUCGAUUCAGGACCUAGUGCGUUCCUUGUGUAUCACCAGUACAACUCUGCAAUGCACGUGAAUGGCUGCUUUAAAAUAUUCUUUGCCACGUCAAAGUUUGUCUGUGUAUGGAAAGCUUGCGUGUCGUUAAAGGAGCCUUCUCCCUGACAUGUUAGAUUUCUACAAGCAGGGGAGAGUUUGAUGUGGGAACAUGAGCGGUCGGUUGCCUCACUUGCACCCGGAGUUGUUACUAGCCCACAGGGACUCCAGUUUGCACCCUUCCUAAAACAUGCGGGAUCUCCUCUGCCAUCGUAAUAACCUCCCAGCCGACAAUCUGCAUUUGCUGUUGAUGAGCUAUAGAACAGGUCACACUUUUCUGAAAGGGG